AUGAACAUUAUCCCACGACCAAAAUUUCUUAAUAUACAAAUGAAGCUGUCUAGACUUGACAUAACACCUCCAAAUAAUCUUCAGCAUUCUACUCAUGUGAAUUAUAAUUCGAGCACAGGUGAAUAUGUAGGUCUGCCAAGACAAUGGGAGACCAUUAUCUCUACUAAAAGGCUUCCUAAUGGAAAUUUAGGUCUGAACAACAUGUAUAAGUCUAAAGAAUUACCUAGACAGAGCUCUGCUAACUUUCGUACUAAUCCCUACAACGACAAUACCUUUUCAUUCAGAAAUAUUGUAUAUCAGAAUAGUCCUCAAAUCUUCAAAGUCAAGUCAAAUUUUCAUCUCAACCAUCAAUCAGAAGAAAUAAUUCAUCGAUAA